AUGUCGUCCAACUCCAAUUUACAUGAAGUGGUCAUCUUGGGUGGAAAUUUUGGAGGAGUCAAUGCUGUUCAUAAUUUGCUUCGUCAGACCUUACCUCAGGUCCAGCGCCUCGACCAAUCGAAGUCUUAUCAUGUCACACUCAUCACACCAAAUACAUCAUUCUUUUUCAAGAUCGCAAGUCCCAGAGCUCUCAUUAACUCUACCUUGAUUCCUCAAGAGAAGGUAUUCCGACCUUUAUCGGAAGCUUUCUCAAGCUAUGAUUCUUCGCAAUUUGAAUUGAUCCAAGGUGUUGCUUCAGCUUUGAACCCUGCGCAACGAACUGUUACUGUUACAAUUGGCGAUACAGGAACCACACGACAAUUUCAUUACGAUUCUCUUAUCAUUUCCACUGGCACAACCUCGAAGUCUCCGUUAUGGUCUCUACAUGGCGACCAAUCAAUUACUAUUAAAGCCCUCGAAUCGCUGCACGCGGCACUUCCGACUGGGAAGAGCGUUCUCAUUGCUGGAGGAGGGGCAGUUGGAGUUGAAACGGCAGGUGAAAUAGCCUCGAACUACCCACACUGCCAAGUGACACUACUCUCUGGUGCGAGUAGAGUUCUUUCUAAAGUCAAGCAAGCAACGAGUGUACGAGCCCAGGAUUACCUCGAAAAUAUAAUGCACGUCAAAGUUAUAAACAAUGUGCGCGUCGAAAGCACCAACCCCGCACAUCCUGCAACCUCACCCACUACGCUUAAGCUCAGUGACGGUAGCUCCCGCGAAGUCGACAUAUAUAUCGAUGCUACCGGAGGCACUCCUAACAGCGAAUUUCUUUCUAAAUCAUGGCUUGAUGAAACAGGUCGAGUAAUUACGCACGACGCAUACUUUCGUGUCAAGGGAAAUGGUUCGGAUAAUGUGAAGGGUGUAUAUGUGUUGGGUGAUAUAGUAGCUGGUAGCACUAAUUCUGCCUUGGAACUCGACCCAAUGGUUACAACGUUGUGUUCUUCAUUAGCAGUGGAUAUCGCAGGAGAUCUUGGUAUCAAGAAGCCUGAAGAGCCAGCCCCAGGAUACCUAAACUCAGCAUGGAAUAUAAUCUUUGGUGGUUCGGGAAGUGGAUAUCCAGUACAACAGGAAUUCAAGCCAAUGAAGGAGACAAUUUUUGUCCCCAUUGGAAGUGGAGGUGGGGUAGGACAAGUCUUCGGAUGGAGAAUACCAAGCUUGUUGGUGAAGAUUGGUAAAGCAAAAUCAUUCUUGAUUGAACUCGUGGGUCCAACCAUGACUGGAGAGAAAUGGAAGAAGGCAUGA